CAGCACUGAAGGAGACACCACGUAUGUACAGGUAGUAAGAUGACGGGCGUAGCUGCACCACCAAAUUUCAUGCCGCCGGGUCUGGUGCAGGAGGCACACCCCGAGUUGUUUGACCUGCGGGCCUUGCCAGUACCCCCAGAGGAAGCCAAGCCCGGUCAGCUUCCCCAGCACAUGAUCAGACAGUUCUUUGAGGAGGGGUAUGUACUGGUACCAGAGUUUUUCCGCCUGGAGGAGCUGGAGCCGUGUCGCCAAGCAGCGGAGAGACUGGUGGAAAAACUGGCUCAGAAACUCUACAAGGGCGGCAAAAUCAAAAACCUAUACAAGGAGUACGGUUUUUUUGAACGAUUGACCCACAUAGAUAAGGAGUUUCCAGGAGCCAACAUUAUCCUGCUGAAAUAUCCAGAUCUGUGCGAGGAAUUUAAGAAGCUGUGGACUAAUGAGCGCCUGUUGAACGUUGUGGAGCAGCUCAUCGGGCCCGAGAUAAAUGGACAUCCCCUUUGGAACCUCCGCACCAAAACUCCUCAAAACGAGGCUACUACAGUACCAUGGCAUCAAGACAGUGCCUAUCUGGACAAUGAAUGCUACGCGACGUUACAGGUCGCUGCUUGGAUACCACUCCUGGACACGACUGCUCACAAUGGCUGUAUGCAGAUGGUCCAAAGAGGCCACAGGACAGGCCGAAUAGCUACUCAUCAGUGUUGUGACGGAGGCACCUGGUACGUAAUGCUGGACGAGCAAGAGAUGGUGAAAAGUCUAGGUACAAACCUGGAUACAGACAUUGUCACGUGCGAGGUCCCCUACGGCGGAAUGCUGUUAUUCAAUAACAUCAUACCUCAUAGAAGCCUCAUAAAUUUGUCAAACGACAUCCGCUGGAGCUUUGACCUACGCUGGCAGAAACCUGGCCUACCUAAUGGAUUCUACGGUCUGAAGGAGGGCGUGCUAAUGAGGACUGCCAAAGAUCCAAACUUUAAAAUAUCGUGGGAGAACUUCGACAGAACUGUCCGCCACAAACUCCUGCGAAGUGCGGCUGUGGAGGAGGAAGAGGAUGAGUUUGACACGACAGUUCCAGGACCAUGGAUGAAAAAAUGGGAGAUUGUGCACGUGAACCAUCAUGUAGACAGCUACAGAGCGGACCUAGCUAGGACAAGUGAGGUCCAGUAACUGACCAGCGGACCUAUCUAGGACAAGUGAGGUCCAGUAACUGACCAGCGGACCUAGCUAAGACAAGUGCGGUCCAGUAUCUGACCAGCGGACCUAGCUAGGACAAGUGAGGUCCAGUAACUGACCAGGGGACCUAGCUUGGACAAGUGAGGUCCAGUAACUAACCACCAAUUGUCAGAAGAACAAACUCAAUCCCUAUGUGUCCUAAGCGUUGUUAAUCAUUAUCAAGUUGCAAUGCUCAAUAAUCCUAUUUAUUGACUGUCGGUUUGCCAGUAUGUUACGGCAUUUUAAAUCAUUGGUUAAAUAUUAUAUGUGUUUAGUUGCUUUUAAUUUUAAAUAAAAUUAAUAAUGAAUUAGUGGAUUUAUCAAACAAGUACUUAAAUUAAGCAGGGUUCAAUUCGAAACAGUAAACCGUUUUAUAAGUUAUUAAAGUGUAUUUAACUCAAUAUCAAAACCUGUGGUUGUUUUAUAAGGUAUUAAAGUGUGUUUGACUCAAUAUCAAACCCGUGGUUGUUUUAUAAGGUAUUAAA